UAUGAAAACCCCUGGACCAUCCCAAACAUACUGUCAAUGGCAAGAAUGGGUUUGGCGCCAGUUUUGGGCUAUUUGAUCGUUGAAGAAAACUUCAAUGUUGCACUGGGUGUCUUCGUUUUGGCUGGUGUGACGGAUUUGUUGGAUGGAUUUAUUGCACGGAACUGGGCUAAUCAGAAAUCAGCUUUGGGAAGUGCUCUUGAUCCUCUGGCUGAUAAAAUUCUCAUCAGUGUGCUCUACGUAAGCCUGACUUGUACAAAUCUUAUUCCAGUUCCCCUUACUUCCAUGAUUAUUCUGAGGGAUGUAGCGCUCAUUGCUGCUGUUUUUUAUGUGCGAUACAAAACUCUUUCUCCACCGAGAACACUCAGUAGGUAUUUUAACCCCUGUUACGCUACUGCCCAAUUAAAACCAACAUUCAUUAGUAAGGUAAGAGUAGUAACUUAACUCCUCAGUGCUUGGGCUUCUUUAGCAGCUCCUGUUUUCAAUUAUGUGGACAGCAUAUAUCUGCAGACAUUAUGGUGCAUCACAGCUUUCACGACGGUAACAUCUGCAUACAGUUAUUACCACUAUGGCCGAAAAACGGUUCAGGUGAUAAAUAACAAAUGA